UUUGGAAAACACCAGCAGAUGACUGCCAUCUGAGAUAAACUACAUGACUCUUAGUCUCUGGCUUACACAGUCGCUCGCUCCAGCAUUUUCUAAGGCAUAUAGAACCACACAAUACAUCGAUGGAGGAAUCAGCCCACAUAAUCUUCACGGAAGGAGAGUUUUAUCAGAGUCAUUUUGAUGCCAGAGCGUACUUUGACUCCUUCUACGCUUCUCCGCAAGGCCACCCUGAUGAGGAUUAUCUGCCAUUUGAGCUACAUCAGCUGAGCAAGACAUUCUCAGCAGGAAACCUCAGGGGCCAAAGGCUAAUUGAAGUAGGAACUGGACCCACAAUCCACAGCCUGAUAAGUGCCUGCGAGUACUUUGAAGAAAUUGUGGUGUCAGACUUUGCCGACAGCAAUAGGCGGGAGAUUGAGAAGUGGCUGAGACAAGAGGAGGGAUGUUUGGACUGGAAUGCCAUCAUCCAGUUUGUCUGUGAGCUGGAGGGAAAAAGAACACCAGAUGAGGUGGCACAAAGGCUGCGGAGGACAGUGAAGCAGGUACUGAGGUGUGAUGUCCGGCUGGAGAACCCCUUCCACCCUGUGACGUUCGAGCCUGCAGACUGCGUGAUGACCUCCCUGUGUCUGGAGGCGGCCUGCAAGGACCUGGACACCUACCGCCGGGCUGUCCAAAGCUUAGCAGCCCUGGUGAAGCCUGGUGGGGCGCUAGUGAUCACGGGUGUCCUGGAAGAAACCUUCUACAUGGUGGGGCAGCAGAGAUUCUCCUGUCUUAAGCUCAGCCAAAGCUUCAUCGAGAAGACACUGCGGGACCUGGGCUUCUCCAUCCAGCAGUUCAACACCUUGCCUGCGAAACACGAUGGGGUCAACGAGGUGUCUGAUUUUGAUGCAAUUUUUCAUCUUGUAGCUCAGAAAUCAAUUUAAAUGGGAUUCAUUGUGGGUUUUCCUAUGUAAAAGAUGAAUCAGAGUGACAGAUGUACUGGCUUUUGCUUGA